AUGAGAUGUUUCUCAGAUGAUUCCAUCGAUUCAUUACCUGAUCCAAUACUUGAUCGAUUUUGUUUACAAAUCUUACAUGAAAUUCAUUAUAAAAUUCAAUGGCUUAAUCUUGAAUCAUCAUCUAUGAAACGUAUUCUUCUUGCUACAAAUUAUCCGAAUUUAUUUGGACUUGGUUUAUAUGAUAUUGAGAUAGAAACAGCUCUGUCUCUCUUUAUUGACGAAUCUUGUUUAACUUCUAUAAAUAAAAAUCAAAUCUCGCCGCUUGUGGUCGAUAUUACUAAAUAUGAAAAAAUAAUUUCAAGUAGCGAUGCGAAUAUACGUAUAUUUACACAUAUUUUUACAAUGUUCUCUAAUUUACAAUAUUUAAAUUUUUGUCCAUCUUCACUUUGGAAUCAACGAUUAUUCUUUUACAAUCCAUAUCCAGGUAUUAACUCUUCAACUCUCUUAGAAUUGCAUAUCUGUUUGAAACGGUUCUCUGACUGUCUUUAUAUACUUGAUGGGCGUUUCAAUAAACUUCACACACUUUAUGUUGAUAUUGAUUUCAUUUCCUCUUCGGAUUUAACAAACAAUAAUAAGGAAAAAUUACCCGAUUUAAGAUGUUUUUCGCUAUAUUGUGGAAUGCCAACAGAUGCUUAUAAUAAAUUAAUUGUACCAUUUCUACAAGGAAUGUCGAAUUUAGAAAAACUCUGUUUGAAUGUUAUUUGUGAGACAAAUACAUUUAUUGAUGGAAAUGAAUUGAAGCAAAAUAUUAUUAAUCAUGUGCCACGAUUAGAGAGAUUCGAAUUUUAUAUUUGCUCAGGCAUUUAUCUUCGUAAUCAAAUUUAUCUACCAUCAAAAGAAGAUAUUCAACAUACAUUCAGAGAUUUUAAAGAUGAUCAAGUUAUUUCUUAUGUUGAUUAUUUCCAAGAAGAACCAUAUAGUCUAUGUGUCUUAUUUACAUGUGUUCGUAAAAUAUCAUUAUAUGAUGAACGUUCUUUUGAACAUAAAUUUUUUCUUCGAAUUGCUCAAUCAUUUCCAAUUUUGAAAAUACUUUCUUUAAAAAAUUCUAAGCCACAAAAUAACAAACUAUACAGAGAAUCAAAGAAUGACAAUCAAGAUUUUUCGAUCAUUAAAUAUCCUUAUCUUACUAAUCUUACACUUUACUUUGCUCAUGAUGAUUAUAUCGAAGAAUUUCUGGUUGAUACGAAAGUAUGUUUACCGGAUAAUGCUGUUCAUCUUAACAUUGAUUAUGAACAACUAAACAGAGUGACACACAAUUUUACAAGAGAUAUAACACGAAUCAAUUGUGCAAAACUGGGUUCUUUAUGUCUGAAUGGUCGUCAACUUCGUAACUAUGCAAAAGACUAUUUUCCAAUGUAUAAAUAUCGAUUAUUAUCAAUGCUUAUGUAA